AUGGUUCAGAUAAAGUCAACUGUGUUGGAAAUAGUGCAUGAAAUCCCAGAAGUGACAAAACUACUAGUCAGUGAAGAACAUGAAAGGAGCCAAGUGGAAGAAAUCAAUCAAGAAGAAAAAAAGAAGAAAAAAGGAACGCAUCACCCGAACCGCUCCGCGCGCGGCCCCACUCCCGGCGGGCACCGGCUCCCGCUCGACGCCCCGAGCGCGGAUUCUCCGCCCGAAGCGGGGGAUGCGCACGGAGGGGGGUGGGUGGUGGUGCGUGUGUGUUCCCCCACCCCGCCACCUUCACCUCCGCGCCGCGGCAGCUCCCACCGACGGGGAAGAGGCGGAACGCGGGAAAAGGCACCCGCGCCGCCUGCCCGCCGCUCUGCCCGCGGCCGUGCCCCCCCAUGUGCCGCCCCCCUCCCCUUGUGCCGCCCCCCGGGCCCGGCCCCGCUCCGGCGGGAGCCGGUUCCUCACCGCGUCGCGCUCGCGCAUCCUCCGCCGCGGGGGCGCCACGAGGAACGACUGCGCGCGAGGCGAGCACGUGGCGGCGGCGACGGCGGCGGCGUCUACGGGGUCUCCCUCGCGGCGCUUACGGGGCGGCGUGAGGCGGCACCGCCGCCAUCUUGGAGCUCGAGUGGCCGCGGGAGGUCUAAGGGUAAACUUUCAAGGGAUGCCACUGGUAACUGCUGUCAGAUGGAGGGUGACUCUUUAACCCCUUGGGCCUGUCAAGGCAGAUUUUCACCCAUUCAGCAGUCUGCCCAUCCACACUAUAACAUUCCAAUUUGGAUACAAGUUUGCUGUGGGAGACCUGCUGAAAGCCCUCCUGAAGUCAAGCAUCAUUUCAUCCCCAGUCUGUCAUGCCACGAGGCCUGUAAGUUGUGCUGGCUGGCAAGCAAACACUCCUCAGCUCUGCCUGGCUUAGAGGGGCAGUGGAAGAGCAAGGGGGGGGAGUGUGAGGAAGCCCUGCACAUUGGCAAUCCCCUGCUUUUACAAGCUCAGAAGAGCUUUGUGGAAGAGUGGAAAAGCCAAGUAGCAUUCCGAAUCCCGGAGUCACAGGUCGUUCACCUCCCGUACGGCACUGCUGUCAUUUACAGGCUGGGUUCCUUCGGGCCGGCGGUUUCUCUGUGUAAUUACACAAUAUUGAUGCACAUCUGUGAGGACAAACCGUUAGGAACAAACAGUUCAAAAUACCUAUAAAAUGUAAAAUUAAAAAAGAAAAUAUUUUCAGGUGUGAAAUGAGAUGAUGCUUUGCCUGCGUGGGCAAAAAUUGAUCCAGGUUUUGUGAUGACGGUGUCUCUGGUUUCAUGUCAGUUAUCUCAGCAUAACUUUUAGAUUACUUCUGAAAUCAUGCACAGAACGAGGGGAGAUACAGUUUGACCUUUUCAGACUUGCUGCAUUUUAAUUUUUCCUAUGCUUAGAAAUAACACAGAAAAAACCCCCAAGAGGUAAUAUUAUUUUUGUAUAAAUCUCUGUAGUUAUACUAGGCAUGUUCAGAAUACAUUAAAGAUACUGUCCUGACACAAAAAAAUUACAAUGUGCUUUUAGAUAUUACAUAACUAAUGAGAGCAAUAAAUGCUGGGGGAACGAGUGGAUCAAGGUUACAGUAAUAAGAUUAUAGCAUUCCUCCACUGUGUGUGCAUGGUUGAAAAUUCACCUCAAUUUUGCUGCCUCAGUGUGGGCUUUGGUUUUUCAUUUUGGCUUUUUCUUGCUUUAUCAGAUUUAAUUUUCUGUCUGAGUCCACCAGACCAUAACAUCCUGGCUAAAAUCUCUGACCAGACUUUUGAUUUUCUCUUUCUCUUUUUUUCCUCUCUUUUUUUUUUUUUCCUUUUUCUUUUUAGUUUUCUUACUUUUAAUUUAGAAUGUACCUGCUCUGCUUGCACAGCCACCAUCAAUGGCCUGUCUGUAGCAGAACCAUUGUCAUGGUCUUUUCUCUGACAGGAGUCACAGUUGAAGCACCAAUAGAAUAUACACUUGAAUGCUCACGUGACUUUUUCCUACACAGGGAAAGUGAUACCAAAAAAAAAAGUAAUUAUAUGAUUUCUAUGCAAUUACACCUGGAUUUUUAAAUCCCCACUUUGAAGACCCACACCAUACACUGUGUGUGUGGUGUGUGAAAGGCAUGGAAAACGUGUGCUAAUGCUCCAUCUUCUCAUUCACAUCCAGCCUUAACAGUCACUUAAAAACGAUUUGUGAAAAAAUCAAUAAUGUACCUUACUGUCUUUUUUUGUAAUGUAUAAAAAAGGGUGGAUUUUUGCCAAUUUUUUUAAACACUCUGAAAAUAUCAAGAUUGUAAAAUUGGAUUUUUAUUGAUUUUCUUGGAAGAUCUUUGAGGUUUCGACAGACAUGUAUUGACAGCAGCCACCUCUAG